UCACAACGUCAUCUCUUUGGCAUGUUCCAUAAAUUAUGAGUACUAUGUCAGACGAACAAUGCAAUGCAACUUUAGCGGAACGAGAAGAAUUCUCGAAAGCUAUGAGCGACGUACCACUCAUAUGGGACCUCUUGAACACGGAACAAGUAUUUGAAUCGCCCAUAGAUAUCAAUCUGUCUCAAACGACGCCGUUGGAUUUACCUCCGCUAAAGUGGGAAAACUUCGGAAUACCUCCAAGGAAAAUGAAAGUGACCAAUACGGGUCAUACAGUAAUUUUAAGUGCCAAGUGGGGACAGGAGCGACCUUACCUCACUGAUGGUCCUCUUGUCGGCAAGUACGUCUUUUCCCAAUUGCAUCUGCAUUGGGGCACCAACGACAUGGAGGGCAGCGAGCAUACAGUCGACGGCGGGCACCUUCCAGGGGAAAUGCACGUGGUCACCUUCAAGAGUUGCUAUUUGACACAAGAAUCUGCGCUAAAAGAAAAAGAUGGGAUUGUGAUCUUGGUUUAUAUGUUGAAGCUUCAAGAAAAACCAAAUGUAGUUUUCCAGCGUCUAGUAGAAGCGCUUAAGGAUGUGACGCAAGCGCAUACGUCCAAGAAAAUAGAGCCAUUUGCACUGAGUUAUUUGGUGAGGGAGUUCGUGGUGGACUAUUUUACGUACUGCGGAUCUGUGUCGACCGACGAUUGCAUCCAUUACGUGAUGUGGCUAAUAACACGCGUUCCGAUAGGUGUGUCAUCGACCCAGGUGAACUCGCUAAGGAACCUGAUGGAUGGAGAGGGCAAAUUGAUCCAGAGAAACUUCAGAGCCACCCAACCAGCUAUGGACAGGCCAGUGCUACAUGUUUGCCCGUCGACUUCAAAAUACUCCACACUACUUCCUGUGCCGAAACCUGACUCCACCACGAGCAGGGAGGACGUAAUAAAAAUUUACUCCGUGGAAAGAUUUUAUAUCCAAAGUAAUGACGAAUAG